AUGAGUCGAAAAACAGAUGCUGCCCGCCCAGACAAGGUUCAACGGGCUCUUGGUGCAGCCAUCGACGCCCUAGGAUAUCUUGCCAGACCCGCAUCUGGGUCGCAAUCGUUAGACUUCACAUACGUUGACCGGCUACUGUCCGCGGUGGUCGAACCACCGUCUCAAGGCAAGCAGAAGAACGGACGCCGGGGUAUUGCGGUGAUUCGACACUGGAUGGUGGAAGAUGGGCCCGGAGUUGCACUACUAGAAAUCCUGGGCCAACUGCUCUGGCGGGUGGUGGAUAUGAACAGCGAACAGUUGGAGUGUUUGCGGGCCGAGCUCCACAAUCAACCUCGGUACCACGCUCUGAUCUAUGAUCCUUCCUCGACUCAAUUGGUGUUGCAACGUUUGGAGCGGGUCCGUUUGCACAAGGAGAAAGCCUGCAUGGACCUACGCGCGAGCCUCGUUGGCUUUUCGCUCGAAACUCCUCAGUCUGAUGCUUCGUCCGCUGCAUCCGAAAUCGAACGCCCUUACUCUGCUGGUUGUGGCUCGGUGAUCUCUGACACGGCGAGCACUUCGUCAGAACCGUUGUCGUGGGAUCCCCUGCUGUCGUACAAUGGGUUGAUUAAACUUAGACCCGCGACAAUAAACUACCGCGGGUUAUGGAGCAACGAAAUGGAACGAGAUCUUCUAGACUUUUGUGAGUAA